UUUCUUUUAGUUCCCUCCCCCCUCCUCCUUGUCUUCUUGCGCUUGCCUGUCAGAUGUUUUGAAUAUUCAAACAAGGAGAGAUUUUUGCUGGCAAAAAUCGUCCAGUUCGUCCGACGCAGCGUCCAGAUGGUUUAGAGUGGAGGUUGCAUCAGAUACACCUGCAUGUGUACAUAGUCAUGCGCUAGGGUCGUCUACCAAUUUAUUUCCUGUACAGUUCUCCAGCUCUAGCUGAUCCUCACUAACAUACGGUCUGCUAUGGAGGAGAGACGAGUGGCAGACUACUUUGUUGUGGCAGGGUUGCCAGAAAACCCUGUGGAGAUCGGAGAGUUCAACCAGGAGGGCACAUGUCUUAAGCCUACACACUCCCUGCCACCGAUUACGGAUGUCACAGUUAUAUUUCACUCUCUGGGGGAGUCAGUGCCCCCAGGGUACACUUGCAUCACGCUGACCCCUUCAGGUCACUCUGCAAAUCUGACAUCCGGUGCUUGGAUGAAGAGCUCGGAAGUUUAUCUCUGUUACAAAAGGGGUCUCGACAAACCACCGUUGGUUGAUAUAGGUGUGAUUUACGAUGGAAAGGAGAGGAUAAUGUCCGACUCGCAAGUGGUGAGAAACACCCCUGAGAACAGGCCAGCCAGCAUCACGUCAGGCACUUCAACAAAAACAUAUGUUACAUUCCGUCGAGCACCAGAGCGGAUGCCCUGCAACCAACUGGUGGUCACUGACGUCUGUGUGAUAAAUCCAAGUAAAGGCGAGUUUCCUCCACACGCCUUCUGCCUGAUCGACAAAAGUCUCAACAAGAAUUUUAACUUUAUGGGAAUGUCGGGGGCCUACAUUUGUUACAAAAAGUCAAUGCACCGGCCAAAUUUGAUCACUUACAAAUCAGGCAAGUUGAAUGAUUCAUUAACAAAAAUAUUCAUUGUAAUUGUACAAUUUCCAGCAAUUUUAGCAAGAUAUCCUAGAACAGAUCAUGCAUAUUUUCCAUUUCCGGAAAAUGUGCCCAUGUUUUGUUUGCCAAUGGGAGCCACCGUCGAGUGCUGGCCAGCGGAAGCCGCCCAGCCAAAACCUUUGUUUUCUACUUUCGUGUUGACAGUAGCAGACGGUACUGAAAUGAUUUACGGGUCAGCGAUAAGCUUUUACGAAAGAGUUCCAGACGAUAAUUUAACUCCAAACCAAAGAAAGCUGUUGAAAUUAGACGACUCCAACACUUUGAGAAAUGUCAACACCAAUAAGUGCAUAUGCUUGCUGUCACAUUGGCCAUUCUUUGAUACUUUUGAAAAGUUCCUCAAGUUUCUUUAUAAAAUGACAUGCAAUGGACCUCAUGCUGUGCCUGUGGAAAGAUAUAUUUCGUACUUUCUUGAAAAUGUGCCGUUCCCAUCCCCUAAAAGACCAAGAAUCCUUUUCCAGUUGUCCUCUUCGGAAAGGAUUAUCUUGACUCAACCUGAAGAUUUGCCUCUUCCAAAGAGUGGUGCAGGUUUCUGUGCCCUGCUAUCAAAUUUAGGACCCGAUAAUUGUCUCCUUGUCCUUUUGCUUGCAUUGACAGAGCAAAAAAUCCUUGUUCACUCCCUCCGUCCUGAUGUUUUGACUGCUGUUGCCGAGGCUAUAUCAAUGAUCAUAUUUCCAUUCAAGUGGCAAUGUCCUUACAUUCCACUGUGUCCACUAAGCCUGGCCUACGUUCUUCACGCUCCUCUUCCAUUCUUGAUUGGCGUUGAUUCUCGAUUUUUCGACCUGUUUGACCCUCCUCCUGAAAUUAGCUACAUAGAUUUGGAUACAAACAGCAUCACAAUUAAUCAGAGUGGUGAUGACAAAGAAAAGACUCCCUUAACUUACAAACUCCUGCCUAAAAAAGCUGCUAGGAACCUCCUAAAAUCGUUGCAACGACUUUUCUCAAAAGUACGAAUCACUGCUCAAAAUAUUCAGCAGAGUGUCAGUACUGAUGAUUUUGACGAUGCCAGUAUUGAUUGGGACUUCAUCAAAAAAAGAAAAGAGCAAGCUCUUGAGGUUGAGAUACAAGAAGCAUUUUUGCAUUUCAUGGCCACUGUGUUGAAAGGGUAUAGAAGUUUUCUUUUACCCAUCACAAAGGCUCCCACUGCUGGAACCACCGAUCCUAGCUCGUUAUUUGAUUUGGAAGGUUUUAAACGGUCAAGAGACAGAGCUCACCACAAGUUUUUUGAACUUACUAUGAAGACUCAAAUGUUUAUCAAGUUUAUCGAAGAGAGGUCUUUUGUUUCAAACAUGGACGCAUCGCUUGCAUUCUUUGAUGAUUGUGCAGAAAGAGUUGGCACUUCAGAUGACAAUGAUGCGCCCUUGUUGGAGCUAGAUGACCCACAGAAGAGUGAGAAUACAGUUUUCAUUAUGCCACCUGAACCCACGGGUCUGCCUUCAGGCGCCACAUAUUCGUACAGGGGAUUUGUCCUAAAUCCUCUGCUUUUCAACCAAAAUGAGACUGAAAAGUUCCUGGGUGUUCCCAUGAAAGAAAAUCUCUUUUCAAUUCUGCCUGGUAGUCCUGUUGCAAAACGCACCAAACACGAGAUUCGCAGUGCUCAGAAAACAGCAAGGAAAUCAUCCGCGUCACCCCUUCACUGGGCAAAGUGUCUACUUAGUACUUGCUAUAGCCUUUGGUUUAUUCACCUGCCCAGUCAUGUAUUGCAGUCACAAUCAAAGGCGCAGGGUUUACAAAAAGCUUUUGAUUUGCUGGAAAAGCUUCACAAACUCAAAGUUCAGCCAUCUGAUGAGGUUUGCUACCGUGUUGUAAUGCAACUUUGCGGCCUGUAUAACAUGCCAGUGCUUGCUGUGAAGCUCCUUUUCUUGAUGAAGAGGAGUGGAAUGCAACCCAAUGCCAUAACUUAUGGGUUCUACAACAGGGCAGUCUUGGAGGCUGCCUGGCCAUCAGACAUUACGAACUCGAGUCAGCUUCUGUGGGCCAAACUGCGUAACGUCAUCCUCGGUGUUGCUUUGUUUCGUAGGGCUGGAAGGAAAGUUUCCAGGCGACGGCUCUCGAUGGACAAAGACUCGGAUGGACACUCCCUGGGAGGUGUGUCCAGGACCUCAGUAGAGAGCGGAAACUCUUCCCACGACUCGGCACCAGUGAGAAACAGCAAGGAGGUUGUCGAAGUCGCUACUCAGCAAAAGUCUGCCACCUUAGGAAGUGACGCUGGAUACGGGUCUUUGUAUGAGUCGACCUCGCGCGGAUGCCUCAGCGAAUGCAACACAGCAAGUGAUGCAGAGAAAGUAGAAGAGGAGCCUCUGGUCAACAAAGUUGAAGAACCCCUUGAUGAGAGUGACGACCUCAAUUCGGAGGUUGAGCUCAGGCCUCGUGUUAGCAGCAUAGUUAAGGCGCCUACACCUGUCUCUUUGAAUCCUCAGCAUCCAGAAUCAUCUGGACUUUCUGAAAAUCAUGUCGAACUUAGAAGACCUGUAUCAGUUGGCACAACCAACGAUAAUGCAUAUCGGAGGCGCCACUUCAGUGGCUCUGAUUUUUCAAGGGCCAGAGAUCAUCGAUCUGUGUCUGCUAAUGAAACUAAUGACUGUUUCCAAAUGCUAAGGUCCGAAAGUUUUGCAAAUGAUGCCCAGAUUUUGGAGAAGUUGGGUCAGUUGAAAGUGAUUAUGCAAAAUGAGGAAAAGAAGGCCAAGAAAGCUUCGGAGGUGGCCAACGGAAUCAAACGCAGAGGAAAGCUUGGCAGUGACACCGUUCGAUCAGAAAGCCAGGAUCUCGAGCAGGCUGUGAUGGACUACAUGCAGGAGGGGGAUGAAGAUCCGUCUUGUGCCACCCCUCCUAGACACGCAGAACCAAGCACCCCUCCAAAUUACAGCAGAACACCACGCAGUCCUGCCCGAACCAUAGUGACAGAAAAUGACCCACUGGGUGCUUUGAAUGUUGACGAGGAGGACGAAGAGGAUGCCAAGGUUUUGCCUCCGAGUGUCGAACAGAGCCCUGCAAAGUCCUGGAUUGCCGAGGAAGGAUCUGGUGGACCUCUUUUGUUUAAGGACAGCACCAGGAGCCAGCGGCGCAAGACUGAAGAUAUUUCAGACAAGUUCACUCCGCCGCCUGUACUGCGAAGUGCCACAUACCACCAAGGCCUGGGUGUGGACGGAAUUUCCAAGAGUCAGACUCCCCCAGAGUCAUGUGUCGAUUCUGACGACAUCUACAUGGAUGACGGUCAGAGGAAAGUGAUCCAAAGAUCAUCAACCUUGCCUGCCAGUCCGUCUUCAAUGGCAAUGCGUACUGGAGUGGCAGCAUCUCCGAGUGUCGCUUCUAGUCUAAGCAGCCUAGGCUCCAGUUUCAAAUUGCCAUUCAGGCGGUACAGUCCUGGAAGACUGAGUUUGAGGAAGCCGGAUUUGCGCUUGCUCGAAAAUGCUCAAAAUGCCUUAACACAGCACUUCAGCCCGGGUAGUUUGACCGGCAAGAGGACCAACGAGAUGAUUAUGAACUUGAGGUCUGCUGCUUCAACGGCAGCUACUUCGAUGGCCAAAAAAUUUGAUGAAAUAAAGGAAGUAAUAUCCUCUAAUUCUACCCCUGUAAAAGGAACAACACCGUAUGGCCACUUGCCAUCUUCGACAAGGGAGAGCAGCGUCGUUGAAGAUGAGGAAGAUGGACGCAGCAGGAACACUUCAUACAUCCCAGAGUUCUCUCCUCUUGGCUCUAUGGGGCAGUACGCUGCUGUCGAUUACUGGGGCAGCAACUUGCUCGACCUCUUUGGAGGCGGCGACAGUAGCAGGAAAGGCAGUGCCACUAAUCUCAACCCCUCUGAUACUGGCAGCAAUCUAUCUUUGCACACCAUGCUGCCAGAGAAAAUUUAUCAGCGGAAAGAAGAAGCAGGAAAUUCAGCCAUUGCCGUUGAGAUUGAGAUGACCUCCUGUUCAAAGUGUCACAAUUGCUUGAGCAUCAUGUAUGAUGAGGAAAUCAUGGCAGGAUGGGUCCCAGAUGAUUCGAACCUUAAUACAAAGUGUCAACAUUGUGAUAAACCUGUUGUUCCGUUCCUUGUUGUUCGCAUACUCGACUUCAGAGAAAUGCCCGUCAAAGAGUCAAGCGCCAGUCCCUUGCCCGCUUGCUCCAGUUCCCAGUCGCUACAAGAAUUAGCGUGUUCAAAAGACUUGCUGCACCCAGACUCGGCUGUGACUGGAAAUGACAAAGGGUCAAGAACUCGAAGCCGGAGUGAGAGUCAGUUGGCAGACAAAGCAACACCAGGAGAACCCACAGAAGAUCUCAAACCUGCUUCAGAAUGUGGCAUGGACCCUGUGGCUGUUGAACCUGUCACAGUCCCUUACUUAAACCCUCUGGUGUUGAGGAAAGAAAUAGAAAGCAUUUUGGACAAUGAAGGUGAUGCGGCUCUCAAUAAGUCUAACUUUGUUGAUGAGCACCCCAUCAUAUACUGGAAUUUGGUAUGGGUCUUUCAAAGAAUUGAUGUCGAGAGCCAUUUGCCUUCCUUGUGCCUGGAAUCGUCUACAGUCAGCAAAGGCCGUGUAAUUCACUGCAGUUGGAAUGAGGUCCCCAAGCCAGGAAUUUUAAUAAGGUGCUUGUGGGAAAAUCCCAGAUUUUAUGAGGAUGUCGGACGACCCAUGUAUAUUGCUUGGCAGCAAAUGCGCCAACUUAAAAAAUUGUCUCUCCUAAAGACAGACUUAUGCGCUGCAACCAUGGAGAAAAUCAUAUCUUGUGUAAAGAGCAAUGAUUUGUUAGAGCCAAUGAAUAAAGUUGCUGCCGAAAGACACGCCCUGAAGCCACGCAGUUAUUCCAUCUACCGAGACAUCCUCUUCUUAGCCUUUGCUGCUCUUGAUAGGGAUAACAUUGAUCAAGUUGCGUUCGAUGAAGAGUACAGAAUUGCUUAUGACAAGCUUUCUCAUAAGGAGCUUAAGUUGUAUCUUCCUUGUGAUCAACCUCUCACAAACUACUCUGUUUGUUGUCGUCAUUUCUUCCGUGAACUAGAAUUGUAAACCCGUUACGAAAACUAUGUACCCUCCUUGUUGUGAUAUGGAUUGCAUAUGUGUGGAUUUUGUCCACUAGAUUUAAAUAGAAAUAUUAAUAAUCAAUGUUACAUUGGGCUAUCUGUUGGUUGCCAAAUGGUUAUCACCGAAGCAAUUUCAAAUUGUGAUUCAAACGCAUGUGUGCCUUUUUAAUUGAGCACUAGUUGCAUUAAUACGCUGCAUCAUAUUAGAAAAUAAAACAAUAAAUUUUAACUGAACCAUCAAGAGACA